AUGUCGAAUUUAUUUAUUUUGGGAUCUAAUGCCCUCUUAUUCUUGGAAACCGUAGAACAACCACUCUAUUUCACACGUUGUGCGCCAACAGAAGCCCACAGUGUGAUAAGUGAUAGUAAAAUCAAUACAUUACUUGAUUGGUACGUUGUACGGGGAGUGGAUGAUGUACAGUUUCGUGUUGCUUUAUUGCUUCAACCAGAGAACAAAACAAUUUCAGAGUAUACAGAACCUUCUCUUGUUUUUAUGGGCGAUAUUUCUUCACAAUGCCGCAGUAUUUCAUCAUCCUCAUUAUUAUUAUUACCAUCAUCAUCAUCAUCAUUAUCAUCAUCAUCGACAAGUGAUCCUGUUAAUACAGCAUCAGUGACAGUAUUUACUUCUUCCACAGCUGUUCAUUUAUUAUACAUUUGCGGUGAUGACACUUCUGGUGCACUUCAUGUACUCAUCGCUCAGUGGCGUGAUGGAAAUUUGAUUGUAUCGGUGGACGAAACUCUCAUGUCUUUGAGUAUGGCAAAGAGUUGGCUUUUACCCCGUGAUGUGGGAGCUGCUUCUACUCUUCUUAUAUAUGUAGUCGGGAUUGAUGGAGCGACGAGUAUGAUUCUCCUUGAGGGAAUGAACUCACUUGGGGCCCAUCCCUCUAGUAUCACGAGAAUGAAACUUCCAGAUAAAUUUCUUGUGGGGGAAACAGAAUUGGUGACAUCUUGUUUUUUACCAAGUGUUGGGGUAAGUGGGCUUGUUCGAUAUUUACGCUCAGAUGGUACUUUCCAUUUUGAACUUUACCGGAUUUUUUCACAUGAACAGUCAGCAGAAUUACUACUAGAGACAUCUACAGCUAUCUUCACGGACCUUAGUGCGGAAGAACGGCAAUAUUGCAGUUUAUCUUCACGCGUUUCUUUUACGGAUUGCCGUUUCACUCUCGUGGGGUUGGAGACUUUGCAAGUGGACGUUGCGGUGACGGCGAUACUGAAGUCUCCCACUGCGGCAGGACUGCGAGAUUUGGGUGGAUGGGUGAAGUGCGGUGAAACUUUACUCACUGGAAGCGCUAUCAUCCAAGAUGGUGGUCGGCGUGUGUUGGUGACACCACUGCGUCGUCUGCAGUUUAAAUCAUUGGUGUCUAGAGAAGAUAUCAAUGAGGAAGAAGGAAAGAUAAAGGGACAUAUGGGUCGUUGUAUCUUUGAUCAGAGUGACAGUAAACUUAACUGCAGUGUUAAGGAAAAGCCUCACUACGCCCCUAUGCGUGGUGUUUCUCGUCGUUGUACUGCAGCACGGAUGUGGUGGCAGCCCGCUACUACUACUUUUGCACCUGAUCGAUAUCUGUGCAAAUACGUAGGUGUUACUUUGACUGAGAUUCUCACAUUCAGUUUUAUUUUUUUCACUACAGCGUUUGGCGUUCAAUUGGUCGCAAAAAUGCUACCAAUAUGGGUGGGUUAUUUGGGUUAA